AUGGUCCCUCAUCGUGCCUUCGAAUGCGAUGACAUCCUUGCUGAGGUAUCCUACCACCUCCGUCCUGCGGCACCUGAAUAUGACCCAGCUUCUCUCCGUUUCUUGAGGCACACGCUGACGUGCGCUGCCCGUGUCUGUAGGGCGUUCUCUCAUGCGUUGGACAAUCUUUGGUGGGAGAUUCCUGCAGAGUCAUGUGCGCUUAGGAUUCUAUGUUCUUUCAAGUCAUCAUAUCAUGAUAUGUAUGAAAUAAUGCUUCAGUCUUUUAAGCCAGAAUCCACACCGCAUGAGCUGAACAGGCUUCGCCAGUAUGUCACACGUGUCCGUCAAGCGACCGUAUCUGCAGAGCUGGGGCAGGGCCGUCGCGGCUCCGUCAUGAUGCGUGUUGCCGAGCUGUUAGGUGGAUCUCUUUUCCCUAACCUCGUGUCUUUGAAUUGGACAUUAUCCGGGACUCAAUUCGAUGGAAGCAUAGAGGAGAUUCUCAACCCUUUGGCCAGUCCGACUCUUUGCUGCUUGACUGUCAACCGCACAUACGUAGGACGACGACUUCCGCCUGAAUGGCAAUAUCCCUUCGAACGUGCGAUGCUGAAUAUCCUACCAACUUUCGUCGUAAAAUCACCUCUCCUUCGGCGUAUUGAUCUCGAUGGAAGGUGGAGAGCCUUCAGUAUAGCGACGCUUGUGCUAGGAUCCCUGAAGCAUCUAGGCACCCUGUCCAUUGGUGUCAGGCUCAAUCCUCGCGACGUAGCCACUUUACUCGCAGCUUCAAAUUCUCAUAACCUGGUGGACCUCAGUCUUUCCCUGCUCUACGAUGACUAUGCUCUCUCACCACUACGCGAACUCCAUCUUCUGCGCGUCAUCGACAUUCGCUUCAAAUAUUCUACUGUUCAUGCUGCCGCCGAGCUGCACAAUAUUUCACUUGGCUGGCCAGAGCUCGAGGAAUUCCACCUGUAUCACAUGUCCGUGUUUACCCCAGAGUAUCCGAUCGAUGCCAUCCAAGCUCUGUUUGAGUUAGCAUCUGCAUGCCCGCAGCUGCGUAUCAUCAGUUUACCUGCGAUGAAGCAUACGCUAGGUUCUAAAAUCGACACGCAUGGCCUUGCAUCGCAUAGUCUUCAGAAAAUCUACAUUCAUAGUGCAAAUCUACCUGAGGACGAACUGAGCUCUGACGACGUGCUGCAAGCAGCAUCUCUCCUCGAGCCCGUAUUUCCAAAGCUGCACUUACGAGCACGAUUCUGA